AUGAAUGACGGUACACUCGUCAUUCGUGGACAGAACGUUCCGUCGCGGAAUGUGGGUGGUGUUGGUUUUGUUGUGCACCCAUCUGUCGUCCAUCUUGUCGAUUCUCACGAGAUCCUGUCACCUCGUCUGGCCAUUCUUCGCCUCCGCCCUCUGCGCCAAAGACCUAUCAGUAUCAUCAACUGCUACUCACCAACAUCAGCAUCUGUUGAUUCCGAAUUAAACGCGUUUCACGAGGAGCUGGAGGAAGUAAUCCGCAACGACAAAAUUGGAAGAUUUGGACUAGGGGACCGGAUUGAAAAUGGUCAUCGUCUCGCCGGGCUGUUGUCCGCCGCUCGCCUCUUUCAUGGAAACUCUCUUAUCAUGAAGAAAGAUCAUCUGGUUCUGAUCACAGCCUCUUUGCUGCGAAAAUACGACUUAGCCACACGAGAACAUCUGCAACGAAGGAGAAAAGAAGUCGUCUACGUCGAUUUCGUACACGAGGACUCCUUGUCCCAAGGUGACUGUCACAUCAAGGAGGACCCAAACGUGGACUACGAGUUGCUGCUCAGAGGAUUACGAGCCUGUGCUGCGUGCUUCCAAGCCACGACAAACUUGGAUCGAAUUUCGAAGACCAACAAGGAAUUGUUGGAAAAAAGAACUGCUUUGAGGCUUGAUCCGAAUGCAUCGCACAUUGAGCCGUUAGUAGCAAAUACUAGCUGCAGAAAAGCGUUGCACGAGGAUCUUUCGAAAUACAGGCAGAAGAAGAUUCUGGAAGCAGCACAAAGAAGAACGAGUUUAAAGAAAUGGCGCAGGGACCUCCGCAACUAUAAUAUUCCGCUAGUUUCUUUGCUGAGCGAAGACGGGACUCGCACGUCUUUUCGUCGUGAGAUGGAAAUCAUUACGGAGAGGUUCUACUCGAACCUUUUCCGUUCAUCAACUCUUGUGUCAAGCCCGAUCAUCUCCACUGGUGAAGCUCCAUCACGGAUUCUCCCUUCGGAAGUACGAGUCGCUAUCAAGAGCAUGAAACCUAGCACAGCCCCCGGACCUGAUUUUCAGCAGACUUUCUGCGGGCUGGUGGCCAUCCACUUCAUGUAA